AUGAACGUUUUCCGGAGCUUCUUCAACAUCCUCAAGGCGAAAAGCCCCCCGCAACAAAUGGCACAGAUGGCGCAAACGGUCAGGGCCUCUAUCAAUCCUUCUCAGGACUUCCUUCAGCGGUGCAAUCCGUUCAAGGACUUGCCGGAUGAUCCCGACACUGUGAACACGUUUCGCGAAGUGUCCUACAUCAAAGCCAAGUUACGGUACUAUCUAGUGCCCACCUCGUUGCCCGGAGAUGACUACGCGCUGUGCUCCAAAUUGUUGCGCAGCCUUGAGACGCGUCGCGACUUGACGUGGCUGGUGCUAGAUGAGACUGGCGUGCGGGACACAAUCCAGGCGAUAGGUCGACGAGGAAACCCGCGGGAACCUAUCCCAGAGGAAUCCUUUGACCUGACCCAGCGGGCGAAGGCAUUGGCCGCACACUGGACGGCGCUGGCAAAGUUACCCGAGCAUCCGAGGAAGUGGGAGGCGGGAUUUUCCACUCAACAUCAGCCUCCUUUGAUAAAUGAGGAAUUCCAACUCGAAUUGGAUUCUGAGCAAACAGCCAAUCUUGAAAAAGAAUACACGGAAUGGCGCACCAGAAGGGACGAAAAGGCCGCCUACUUGAAAUACAACCCACCUCACCCAACGGGCUACGUCCAGGCGACGCGCGAUCAAGUCCCCGUCGAUGAGACAUGGGAGCUAUUGCCCUGGGUGAUCUUCGAAGGAGCGGCUUCGCCAAACGAUGGAAGCAGAAGAUGGCUUCCCAUCUACACAUCGUUAGUUUCGCAGAAUAUCCCGCUUGGUUGGAGGGCCCCAGAUGCGCCGCCACCCAGGCAGAAGACGCAGGAGGAGAAGGACCAGUGGAUGAGGGAAUAUCGGGAAGAUACUGAAAGACGUAACAGACAAUAUGCCUUUCAGAAGCAGUUGCGAAAGGCGAAUGAAAGGGAGCAGAGACCAUAG